AAAGCCAUGCAAUAAGCAAACAAAAACACAUAUUUCAAUUGAAAUAACUGAUAUUGAAUAAACCAUCAAUGUCAUUAUCAUAGGUUUUCCGAGUACCCUGAACAUAGUUUCAAUUUUGUGAACACCAAACAAAAGUUUGUAGUUUUUUGUUAAAAUGGAAAUCAUUCAUAAAUCUUUACAAGAACAGACUUUGCGAAGUACAAUUGAAGACCUUCCUGAUGAAGUACUGGAGUUUAUUUUAAGUUUUUUGCCUCCCUACAGAGACUUAGAGAACUGUGGUGGUGUCUGUAGGAGAUGGUACGCGUGUGCCCAAAAUGUUCUACACAAAACCUCUAUAAAACUUGUAAAAGCAAUUGGAGAAUUUAAAAUUUUGUGGAAAAACCUUUCUCCAACAAAUAUGUUUCCUGUUAUAACAAAACGAUUUUCACAUGCAGCAUGUAUACUUGAAAAUAGUAUGUACAUAUUUGGGGGAUGCACAACUAAUUCUACAUCAUUUAAUGAUCUUUGGAAAUUUGAUUUAUCAACUAGAAAAUGGGUAAGACCAUUAGCAACUGGCACUUAUCCUGUACCUAAGGCCUAUACUACAAUGGUACAUUACAAGAAUUAUUUAAUAGUCUUUGGUGGUUGGACUUAUCCAUCUCUUUCACAGUACUAUCAAAAUGUCACAAUGUUCAAUGAAAUUCAUUUUUAUUGCUUAGAAACAAAUAAAUGGAUAUUGAUCAAUGCAUCCAAUAGCCCACCACCAAUGGCUGGACAUUCGGCUUGUGUGAGGGAUGAUGAAAUGGUUGUGUUUGGAGGGUUAGUACUGUCAACAGCAAAUAGUCAUCAAAUUCAAUGUUCGAAUGAUGUCUGGGUACUAGAUAUACCUUCCCUCACUUGGAGAAAACAACCAACAACAAAACCAAGACCUUCACCACGCUAUGCUCAAUCUCUUUUGGAACUGGAUUGUGGAAGGUUGAUGCUGUUAGGAGGUGUGCAAACAUUGCAUAAUCGAUUUGUGUAUAGUGAUUGUUGGGUGUUAACUAUGAAAGGAUCUACUUGGACAUGGAAAGAACUUGCUGUCAAAAAUAAGGAAUGGGCUGCAGCUAAUAUUUGGUGUAAUCCAGCUUGCAAAGUUGGUGAUAAAGUUGUGAGUUUGAGUAGAAGCAGAAAUGGAUGGAAUAGUGCUAAACCAUUAGUAACAUCAGCUGUGCGUUUGUCAGCUUUAAGUAGACCUGAAGGGGCUCCAGUUUCUGUAAGAGUUCAGCAAAGUUUGCAAAGGCCUUUAGAUAGAGAUCAAAAUAUAAAUGGUAGAAGAGGAGAACUACCUAGAAGGCCAUCAAAUCCUUUGAAGUGUGAGCAGAAUGAUUCAAAUGUAGAACCUGUUGCUGGACCUAGUAAUGCCCAAAUUAGUCCUAGAAAAGUGACUAUUGAACCACAAAAUGACAUUAACGUUAAUAUAGAUGAUUCUGGUUUAAGUUCAGACAAUAAGCUAUCUAGUAAUAACUUAGACUGUGCAAAAAAAGAUUUGGCGAUAAAGAGGAACAAAAAUAAGAAUAAAGGAUUAAAAAUAGUAAGACAACUACAAGAAGCUAACAAAUACAGAAUGGCAGCAUUUGCUUGUGACUCGUCUAUAAACAAUUCUGCUCCAGAAAAUGAUCUCAUUAAUCAAAGGCAGAUUGCUCAUCUGGAACAUCGAAGGGAACUUCCUCCACAAGACAUUGCCCAGCAAAGACAACCAGCUGUAAAAAAAAUUAAGCGAAACACAUUAAGUAUGCAUGUUUUAGAUAUUUCCACAGUACUAAAUGAAAACACCCUGAAUUAUGUGUCUUGGUUGUGUCCUCGACUUGGAGAAAUGAAUGGAGCACCUGAAGAACUUGUAAUGUAUUCAUUAGUAAAAGGAAAUGGUGAACUAAUAAUGUUUGGAGGUGUUCAUAAUGAUAUUAGUAUUUUAACAUUUUCUGAACAUCAAAAUAUGUAUUCGAACUCUUUACAUUUCAUUACUCCUCCAAGAGACAUAAUUUAAUGACCCAUAAUACAAUAAUUUAAU